AUGCCUCUUCUCAAAAGCAUUCAUAUGGCGUAUCCAUAUUAUUCUCCACCACCACCUCCUCCUGUCCCAUGCAAUCAUGCACCACCUCCACCACCCCCACCCCCUCCCCCGCCUCCACCUCCACCUGUUCCAUGUAAUUAUGCGCCCCCGCCUCCAUGCAACACAACAGUAUCAUCCCCACCACCUCCACCCCCAAAAGUUGCACCACCACCAAAACCUUCUAACGGUCCUACCGCUCCACCACUGUCACCUCCUGGAGCACAACCACCUAAUUCACCAAGCCUAGCACCACCACCUAGUAAUUCACCACCCCCAACUCCAACACCCGGUUCACCACCACCGCCACAUACUUCCCCAAGCCCAACUCCAACGCCUAGUUCGCCACCACAGCCACAUACUUCACCAAGUCCAUCACCAAUGCCUAGUUCACCGCCGCCGCCUACUUCACCAAGCCCAACACCAAUACCUACACCCCCUCCACCGCAUAAUUCGCCAAGCCCAACACCAGCACCUAGUUCUCCACCACCGACUUCACCAAGCCCAACACCGAGGCCUUCUUCCCUGCCACCACCGCAUUCGCCAAGCCCGACACCUGCACCUUCGUCACCACCACCGCAUCAGUCGCCAAGUCCAACACCUAAACCUGCUUCACCAACACCACAUCAUCCACCAACUGGUCCAACUCCAACACCGGCGUCUACUCCACCACCGCCACGGCAUUCACCAGCACCAACUCCUCCUACUCCAACAUCCCAUCAAUUUCCACCUCCAGUACCAUCACCAAAUGCUAUGCCACCCUCCCAAAAUCAUACUGCGCUUCCCCCUGCACCAGGCGGCGGCGGUGGAGGCCACCACCACCAUCACCAUACAACUAUAAUUGCUGUAUGUGUCUCGGUCGGGGGUGUAUUCUUCCUUGCAUUUCUUGCAGUCGCUCUCUUUUGCUUCGCCAAGAGAAAGAAGAAGCCAAUCAUCGUUCCUCCAGCUCCUUGCGUUGAGGAACCAACUAGUACUUACGUAGAAGAAGUUGUAGCAGUGGAGGAGAUUGAGGGAGGAGGUGGUAGUUCUAGUUCUUACGCUGCUGGUGGAGGAGGAGGUGGUAGUUCUUACACUGCCGGAGGGGCUGCUGGUGGUGGAGGAGGAGAAGGUGGAAGUUCUUACUCCGCUGGGGGGGCGGCUGCUGGUGCCAGCUAUUCUCAGGAUGCGGGCGGCUGUGGAGUUUCAAUUUCAUCAAGUACUGCUCAUACUUCAAGUUCAAGUUAUCAGCAAUAUGGCUAA